GCCUGUUCACUGGUGUGAGAAAUGUAGUCAGUGUUCAGUUGUGAGUGAACAGUAGACAUGGAUACUCCUCUUUUGGUUUUAUUUCUUCUGCUCAAUGUCACUACUGCUUACAAAAGACACACGUCCACUCUCUCCUCUUCAAAGAUGCCACAAGGGUCAAAUGUCAUAGCCGGUGGACAUUUGCCGACGUCGACGCAACCUUCAAGUUCAAUUCCAGACAACAGGUCUACCGAUGCACCAUCGCAACGCCGACAUGAGACUUCCUCAUCUUCAUUGCUGGAGCAGAAUCAAGGGUCGACUGAUACAGUUGGGACCUUGUCCGCGGUAGGCGCAUCCACCGCCAGGAUGCUGCCUCCUUUGGCACCUCCCUCGCCACACUUUUCAGAGACUCCACAGCCAACAAAAUCUAGAAAGCCACCUGACGUGUCACAUGGGUCACAUGACUUCAGAUCCGAAGCGACAGACAGCGCCUCAACAGUCAUACCACCAAUGUCAGCGGGUCGACAAGGGCGGUCCGCAAGCGUUAAAGCCAGGCUAGCCACAACAACAGCGACUGAACUCAGUGGAUUGCCUUUAACCACGCCCCUAAAAACCUCUGUGAUUACCCCUUCAACCUCACCUGUACCUAAAAACAACCCUUCAACAACACCUGUAUCUACAAACUCAGCCGUGAACAUUGCUUCAACCUCACCUGUAUCUAAAAACAACCCUUCAACAACACCUGUAACUACGAACUCACCCGUGAACAUUGCUUCAACCUCACCUGUACCUAAAAACAACCCUUCAACAACACCUGUAACUACGAACUCACCCGUGAACAUUGCUUCAACCUCACCUGUACCUAAAAACAACCCUUCAACAACACCUGUAACUACGAACUCACCCGUGAACAUGGCUUCAACCUCACCUGUACCUAAAAACAACCCUUCAACAACACCUGUAACUACAAACUCACCCGUGAACAUGGCUUCAACCUCACCUGUACCUAAAAACAUCCCUUCAACAACACCUGUAACUACGAACUCACCCGUGAACAUGGCUUCAACCUCACCUGUACCUAAAAACAACCCUUCAACAACACCUGUAACUACGAACUCACCCGUGAACAUAGCUUCAGCCUCACUUGUACCUAAAAACACCCCAUCAACAACACCUGUGAACAAGCCUUCAACCUCGCCUGUACCUGUAACCAUACCUUCAACAACAACUGUACCCACACCGUUAACCUCACCUGUGAACAUCCCAUCAACUUCAUCUGUAACUAAAAACACCCCUUCAACAACAACUACAGCCUCAACCUCACCUGUGAAUAUGCCUUCAACUUCAACUUCACCUUUACCUGUAACCCUGCCUUCAACUUCACCUGUACCUGUAACCCUGCCUUCAACAACAACUGUACGCAUGCCCUCAACUUCACCAGUGAACAUGUCUUUAAAUUCAUCUGUACCUGUAAACAUAACUUCAACAACAACUAUACGCACACCCUUAACCUCACCUGUGAACAUCCCAUCAACUUCACCUGUAGCUAAAAACACCCCUUUAACAACACUUGUAACUACAGCCUUAACCUCACCUGUGAACACCCCAUCAACUUCACCUGAAAGUAAAAACACCCCUUUUACAACACUUGUAACUACAGCCUUAACCUCACCUGUGAACAUGCCUUCAACUUUACCUGUACCAUCACACUCAACCUCACCUGUUGGCAUGCCUUCAACCACAACUAUAAUCAUGGCUUCAACCUCAACUGCAGCUGUGACCACGCCUUCAACUUCAACUGUACCAAUGUCUUCAACUGCAACUGUAAUCAGGACUUCAAACUCGCCUGUAAACAUGCCUUCAAUAACACCAGUAACAAUGUCCUCAACCUCAACUGUGAACAUACCUUCAACAACACCUGUAAGCCUGCCUGCAACCUCACUUGUAGCCGUGCUUUUAACCUCAACUGUAGCCAUACCUUCAACUUCAACUAUAAACGUGGCUUCAAACUCACCUUUGACCACACCAUCACCAACACUUGUAACCAUUCCUUCAACCUCACCUGUCAACUCAACCUUAAACUCACCUGCAACUAUGCUUUCAACCACAACUAUAAUAUUGGCUUCAAUCUCGCCUCAAACCACAACUUCGGCAACACUUUUAACUACACCUUCAACCUCACCUAUACCUGUAACCAAAACAUUAACACCUGAGACAACACGGUCCACUUCACCUGUAACCAUGCCUUCAACCGCACCUGUACCUGUAACCCCGCCUUCAACAUCUAAAAGCAUGCCUUCAACCUCACCUAUAACCACGCCCUCAACCUCACCCAUCCCUGUGUCCAAGCCUUCAACAACAUCUGUGACCGCGGGGUCAAGCUGCACCGCUAACUUCACGCUGGUAAAGGCCACAGUGGACUCAAUCGUGUUGACGUUCAGCACGACACGUUUGUGCUCCAGCUUCACAGCGGUGACACACAACAGCGUUACUGAAUGUGAGCCGACUUGGAGGCUCAGUUACACCUUCACUUGUGAGAUUGCAUCGCUGGAGGCGGGGACUUUGUACCACCUGACUGUCACCUCGGCUGUGGAUGGAGAGGGAGGCAAAGUGUCUGUGCGCACAGACCCGCUUGGUCCGACUCAGCUGGAAGUCCACAAAGAUCCCAAUGACUCGUUGGGCCUGCUGGUGUCCUGGUUUCCAUCCAAGGGUCACGUGGACUGGUACGACGUCACUCUAAUGGAAUCCAGUUCGGGAUCCAUCCACAGGAUGAAUGUAUCAGGAAGUGCGACCCCCCAGUCGACCUUCGGGUUUCUAGUCCCUGGGACCCAGUACAAAGUGGGCGUGGUUGCAAAAGCCGGCGGUAAGAGUGCACCACCCGUGCACCUGCUGGCAAAUACAGCUCCUGCCCCUGUGUCCCACUUGAAGCUGGAAAACAACGGGAUUGCAAAACAGCUACGUGCCUCCUGGCUCCCGCCUGCAGGUGGUGUUAACUUCUACCAUGCGACUCUAUCAGCCCAUGGCGCUGCCCCCCUGCAGCUGCACCUGAGUCCAAAUGUGACCCAGGCCGUUUUCCAGGACCUGACUCCUGGGCGCCACUACGAGCUGUCGCUGCAAACCCAAACGGAAGGAGGCACCGCUGAGGCCAGGACUAGCGCAGCGACAGUUACUAGUGCGGUGUCGGAGCUUUCAGCUUGGCCGCUGUCUGACGGCACUGGUUUGAGUCUCACCUGGUUGCCACCCAGCGGUGACUGGGACAACUACAACGUGUUACUGCGGAAUGGAUCCGAAGUUCUGGUUAACGUAACUAUCAGCAAGCUGAGUAAGCACUACUUGUUCUCCGUCACCAGCCUGGGCCUGGUACCGGGCCGAGCAUAUGGCGUGGAGGUCACAGUGCACAGUGGAACUUUGAGUAACACAGCGCGUUGCCAAGGACAACUGGCCCCUCAGCCUGUUCAGCAGCUACUUGUCCAUCGUGCCGAUGAGUCCACCAUCACCAUCCAGUGGCAUGGUCCGCUCGGCGAGUGGAAUGGUAUCACGGCAAUCCUCCAACAAGGCGAGAUGCACUCAAUCCUAAUUCAGAAGCUCCUCCCCAAAGAGGCCAAAGGAUGCACCUUUAGCGAGCUGACAUCAGGGCGUCUGUACACCGUCACCGUGACAACCAGAAGUGGCAACCUUAAUAGCUCUGCUUCUAUCAACACAUGGACCACUCCGUCUCAGGUCAACAGGCUGCAGGUUUCUAAUUUGGGAAGCACCGAGAGCCUCCUGGCCCAGUGGGACCAGGCCAAUGGGGACCUGGACUUGUAUCUUGUACUGCUGGUCCACGAAGGCAGCGUCAUCAAGAACGAAAGUGUGGCUGUGGUCGCUAGCAGCCUCAGUUUCCGGGGUCUGAGGCCCGGCGCUCUCUACAGGGUAGUGGUGACCACCGUCCGAGCAGGACUUACGUCCAGACAAUCUGUGGCAGAGGGACGCACAGUCCCUGCUGCGGUUGGUGAGGUAACCGUCAGUAACAAUGGCCGAAUGGACUUCCUAAGUGUGUCGUGGCGUCCUGCUCCAGGUGAAGUGGACAGUUACUUGGUGACCCUGAGGGACCAAGACAAAAUGCUUCACACAUUCGUCGUCUCUAAAUCAAGCCACGAGUGCGUUUUUAACUCUCUGGUGUCCGGUCGCCUCUACAACAUCUCCAUUGGCACUCGCAGUGGAACCUUCCAAAACCAUAUCUCUGUCCUGGAGAGGACACAACCCUCAAAGGUCCAGAACCCCACAGCGACACAUGGGGCUCGUGAUGACUUUCUGAAGGUGUACUGGCGUCCUGCCUCAGGAGACUUUGACUUGUACCAGGUGUCCAUCAAGCACAACAAUGUUGUGUUGCAGAACCAGACAGUGCCAAAGACGCAGAAUGAAUGCGUCUUUCACGGUCUGAUACCAGGUCGACUCUACACAGUAGUGGUGAGCACCUGGAGCGGGACCUACGAGACCACCACUUCUACCUAUGGUCGCACAUUCCCGGCGGCCGUGCGGUCCUUAUGUGUCGCUAAACGGACCUCAGAGGAUCUUCAGGUGGCAUGGUCACCGGCCCCAGGUGACGUGGAUCACUACGAAGUGCAGCUGCUUUUUAAUGACAUGAAAGUGUUCCCCCCACUCACCCUUGGCAGCGGCGUGGGGGAGUGUGUGGUGUCUUCACUCACACCUGGACGCCUCUACAAGGUCCUUGUGUCCACCUUUAGUGGCCCCAACCAGAGGACUCAAUUCAUCGAGGGCCGGACAGUUCCCAGUCAAGCAAAGAACAUCCACGUGAGUAAUGGCGGCGACAGCGGCAGUCUAAAGGUGAGCUGGACGCCGGGUCAAGGCGACAUGGACAGAUACAUCGUGGUUCUGUACAGACAGAACCGCCAGCUGGACUUGCGGUCCGUCCUCAAACAUCAAAACCAGGUAGUCUUCGGCUCCUUGCAGCCCGGUCAGCUGUACGAAGUGACGGUGCAGGCGUUCAGCGGCGAACUCUCUAACAACGACACGGCCAAGGGACGCACAGUCCCGUCGCCAGUGACGGCACUACAGGUGGAGAACCUGGCCGGUACCAGCAGCCUUCAGGUGAGCUGGCAGGUAGCUGCGGGCGUGUCUGACGGCUACUUCCUGCAGCUGCUUGAAGAGCAGGGCAUCGUGUUAGUGAACGCCACGCUGCCCCCCACGUGCACCCAGCACAUGUUUGACAGUCUCACCCCGGGUAAGAAGUACCGCCUCCUAGUACAGACCAUCAGCGGUGGACUCCAAAGCAUUGUGGUCAGCGCUGAGGCUUGCACACGACCUGCGGCUGUCACCCACCUGUUGGUCAAGAGCAACACCACCACCAGUCUGUCCUUUCAGUGGAGUCGGCCAGUGGGUCACUUUGAUUCGUACGACAUCUUACUCUAUGGCUACGACAAUGCCUUGCACGUGAGACGCCGGGUUCCUCCUUCCAGCCAACAGUGCUCUUUCCAGGCCCUCCGACCCGGUUCUGCAUACAAGAUAGUGGUUGUGACUCGAAGUGGCGAGCAAAGCAAUGACUCCAGCAUUUGGGCCAGAACAGUCCCGGCAGCAGUCACGUCUCUACGAGCUCAUAGUGGGAAUCAGUCGAACCGUCUGCGAGUGGACUGGAGACGAAGCGAGGGCGACGUGAGCGGGUACCUCCUGUCGCUCUAUGGCCCCGAUGGCUCACUGCAAACACAGGAGCAGCUUCUGCCAAAUGUCACAGAGUUCGUUUUCGGUGACCUCAAGCCUGGACAACUGUACCGCGCUGAGGUCCUGAGUCACAGCGGCGAACUAGCCAACGGUGCUAGUAUUCAGGCCAGGACAGCUCCCAGACCGCCAACAUCGUUCCUGUUCGGAGGGGUGACCAACACCUCCAUGGAGGUCACCUGGAUUGCCCCCCCUGACUCUGACUACGACGAUUUUGACCUGCAGUGGACACCGCUUGACCGGGUGACCAUCAUCAACCCGUACGAGAGUCGUACGUCCGGCAGUCGAAUCCUGAGAGGGAUGUUCCCUGGACGCCUUUAUAACAUCAGUUUGCGUGCUGUUAGCGGGGCCAUGCAGUUUGGGGCCACGCCUUCCUACAGUCUGCCCAUCCAACGCAGCAUACGCACCAAGCCUUCACCCGUUCAAGGCCUGCACUGCCACCCUCAGAGCUCCACCUCUAUUUCCUGCUCCUGGGUGCCGCCGGAGGCUGACUUUGACUCCUACACCAUUGAAUGUGUGCACAAAGGCUCACAGACUCUGGUUUACUCACGCCGCACAGGCCGCCUCUCCACCGCCUAUGUAAUCAGCCAGCUGGAGCCUCACAAGCGCUACACAGUUUGGGUCAAGGUCAUCUCUGACACCAGCACCAGCGAGGUGGCGCAGGGCACCGCGGCCACCAUGAUAGACCGUCCUCCUGUACCCCCUCUCACCACUCGAGUGGACGUCACGUCAGCGUUGGUCACCAAGUCGUCCAUCUUUUUCACGUUCAACUGCAGCUGGUUCAGCGACGUCAACGGUGCCGUUAAGUUCUUCACCGUGCUAGUGACCGAGUCCAAAGGUGUGGAGAGCGAGCAGCCAGAACAGCACCACCCACUGCCCUCCUAUGUGGACUACAGCUCUAACAGUUCCAUCAGGGCCUACCAGACAGCCGUCUUUGCCAGUAGCUCCAACGACGCCUGCAGUUUUGACAUCACUUUGGGGACAGGAAUGGACUCGCUGGGAGGGUCCUGUGACCGCCCAGACCUGCACUCAGACCUACGGGCUGGCAUGCGGCACUUUUGCGACGGACCACUCCGACCCAAAACUGCGUACAGGCUCAGUGUUCGAGCGUUCACACACCUCUUUGACGACUCUUCUCCGCCGUUGUACGCCGACACCUUCCUAUCCCAACCUGUCGUCACGGCAACAGACCCUCAAAGCGGCGUCAUAGAAGGCAUCAGCGCCGCCGUCAUCCUGAUGGCCGCCAUUGCGAUAGUCUCAGCGCUGGUCGUCUACAAGCGCAACGCACGCAAAGUUGUGCAGGAGAGAGCAACAGUCGACAUUUGUGUGAUGAGAGAGCGACCGUCGCCGCGGGGUCACCUGGGGGUUAGAGGGAAGCGUCGACACAUGUUCAGCCCCAUCAGAGUGGCCGACUUUGAGCAUCACUACAACAAACUCCAGGCCGACGCCCGCUUCCUGCUUUCUGGCGAGUAUGAGAGCCUAAAGGACGUCGGUCGGAACCAACCGCUGGACUCAGCUUUGCUACCGGAGAACCGCGGCAAAAACCGAUACAACAACAUCCUGCCCUACGACUCAACAAGAGUGAAGCUGUCGUAUGUGGAUGAUGACCCCUGCUCUGACUACAUCAACGCCAGUUACAUCCCUGGAAACAACUUCCGUCGGGAGUACAUCGCCACCCAGGGCCCGCUGCCAGGAACCAAAGAUGACUUCUGGAAGAUGGUGUGGGAGCAAAACGUGCACAACGUGGUGAUGGUCACACAGUGUGUGGAGAAAGGCCGGGUCAAGUGUGAUCACUACUGGCCUCGGGACCAUGACCCCCUUUACUAUGGAGACCUGAUUGUCCGGAUGCUCUCUGAGUCGGUUCUCCCUGAGUGGACAAUCCGAGAGUUCAACAUUUGCAGCGAGGAUGAUCUGAGGUCCAUUCGGCUCAUUCGGCACUUCCACUUCACUGUGUGGCCCGAUCACGGGGUCCCGGACACCACCCAGUCGUUGGUGCAGUUUGUCAGAACUGUCCGAGACUACGUCUACAGGAGUCCUGGUUCUGGACCCACUGUGGUCCACUGCAGCGCGGGUGUGGGUCGCACAGGAACAUUCAUUGUCCUGGAUCGGGUUCUGCAGCAGUCGGACAGCUCGGACACGUUGGACAUUUACGGAUGCGUCUUUGAACUCCGCCUCCACCGCUCACACAUGGUGCAGACAGAGCGCCAGUACGCGUUCGUCCACCAGUGCGUCCGGGAUGUGUUGCGAGCCAGGAAGUUGUGUAGGGAGCAGGAUGACCUGGUCGUGUACGAAAACCUCAACCUGAGCGAGAGGCUGCGUCCGCGACAUUCAGACAAUUUCAUCCUCUGAUACUGUGUGUUCCAUGGGCCUCACAAGGGGCAAUGUGGUUAGCAUGUCUGCCUCACAUUCAUUAUUAGGGUUUAAAAUCUCCAUCUGAACACCUCGGGUUGCAUGUUUUUCCACCCACAUCCCAAAAUGUUAGGCUAAUUAUAUUUUCUAAAUUGUCCAUCAAUGUGAAUAUGAAUGGUUGUUUGUAUAUAUGUGUCCUGCGAUUGACUGGUGACCAAUCCUAAAGCCAGCUGAGAUAGGAUCCAGCCUACCCAUAACCCUAUAGUAGUGCUUCUCAAUUAUUUUUUGUCAUGCCCCCCCUUGGUGGCAUAAUUUUUCUUACGUCCCCAGACAACUUAUCAUGCCCGCCGCACUAUAUAAGAAGUGCUGGUCUAUGGAUUAUACAACUUUAAACCAGGGGUUCUUAACCUUUUGGACAUCUGGGCCCAACUUUUCCACUGCAUAGGGGCCCACAGCCAGCCAAAUAUUAACUCUUGAUCUUAAUCAUAUUCAAUAAUUAUAGCGGGCAUACUUACAGUUUAACAGUGCUAAAAUAAAUCAAUUAUAACUAAAUUAAUAACAAUAAUAAUAAUAUAUAUGUUUCUUAAAUAAGGGUCAAUAAAUUUUAAGUUCAAAUGAAAAUACAGCUUCACCACUUUAGUCAUAAUUUGUGCACUUAAGAAACUUCUCUAUGACUUUUAGCUGUUCUUCUGUUUGUUUGAUUUUUUCAUUAGUGCCACAAGCGGUGGAAAAAUAUAUUACAACUAAGUACCCCCGAUUUUGCGUAAUGCACUGAUUGGUAUUAAAUGUUCAUAGAUGUGAAAUUACAGCCGGCUUUGCUCUGUGAUGCAAUUGUGUACUCUCUCUCGGCUGUGUUGUUUUUUUCCUACUACUCCGAGCGGGGAGCAAACCCAGGUUGCCGGUGUGAGAGGCGAGCGUGUCGACGACUGAGCUAAAAGUCACAAAGGAGAUGUAUUCAUUAAUUAAAUUAUUUUUUUAAUUUAUAUUUUUGCGUUGAUGCCGUUAAGUAAAAUCAUGAUUUUCUUUUCAAACUGUGUUUUCGUGGGCAAGCGCGGUGCGAAGGCUUGGGACGCGCCCCCAAAAAUUACAUCAGCCCCAGGGCUCCAUUUAGGUUAAGGCAGCCCUGGCUGCGGUCCUCAAUGGGACCUGGAGAAACAGGCAGACCUUUAGGUGGCGCUUGCGGCCCAACAACGGGCCCGGUCCUAUGGUUAAGAAACACUGCUUUAAAAGAUGUCUGUAUUUCAUGUAUGCAACCCUGUUUUAGCACAACCAAUAGACCUGGGCAAUGGUCAUAUUUCUCGGUUGAGCCUGUUGAUUAAUUUGAGCGUUGCUGCCACCUAGCAGGAGGCUUGUGUAUUGUUCAAGAAUGAAAAAAGACACUAAUACUGAAAGUCCCGACCUACCCCACUAUUUGAGAAGCACUGCCCUAUAGGAAAAAGUGGUGUAGAAAAUAUAUGUAUAAUCAUGCUUUAUGUGUACAUAUUGUUGAUUGGGAUGAUUGUUUUUGCACAUUGCUGUUUUAAGUAUUACAGAGUCUUGUGUACAUGUAUAUUGUCUUGUUAUAUUUAUCAGGCAGAGUAUAAUCAAUAUAUAAUAUAAUCAUAGUAUAUAAUAUAUAUUAUCCCUUGUGUGGUGUUCGGGUCUGUGGGACCCGUUUUCAUUUUUUAUUAAAAGAAA